AUGGCUAAUGAGGCUCACCCUCGCCCCUGUGACAUCGGCCACAAGAUGGAGUAUGGGGGGCAGGGGCAUGAGGUGCAGGUCGAGCACGUCAGGGCGUACAUCAGCAAGCCCCCUGUGGACACAGGCCGAGCGGUGAUUGUCAUCCAAGACAUAUUUGGCUGGCAGCUGCCAAACACCAGGUACAUGGCCGACAUGAUCGCAGCGAACGGAUACACCACCAUCGUCCCUGACUUCUUCGUGGGGCAGGAGCCGUGGCAUCCCUCUGACGACUGGUCUACCUUCCCGGAGUGGCUGAAGACGAGAAAUGCCCGGAAAGUUGAUAAAGAGGUGGACGCGACCCUCAAGUACCUGAGGCUGCACUGUGGUGCCCGGAAGCUCGGCCUCGUGGGCUUCUGCUGGGGUGGCGUGGCCGUCCACCACCUGAUGGCAACACGCCCGGAAUUCAGCGCUGGGGUGUCAGUCUACGGCCUCGUCCGGGACGCCGAGGACGUGUACGGGCUGCAGGCGCCCACGUUGUUCAUCUUCGCGGAGAACGACGCGGUGAUCCCUCUCGGGCAGGUCUCUUCACUGACCCAGAAGUUGAAAGACCACUGCAAGGUUGACUAUCAAAUUAAAACCUUUUCUGGGCAAACUCAUGGGUUCGUGCAUCGGAAGCGAGAAGACUUCACCCCUGCAGACAAGCCCUACAUUGAGGAGGCGAGGAGGAACCUCAUUGAGUGGCUGAACAAGUACCUUUAG